GGACGCCCCAACCUGACCGGUGAACAGAAUUGAACCCGUAUUAUUUUCCAUCGUUACCCCCCCCGGCGAGUCAAGAUUUGAACUAAACAUCAUCUUUUCCGUUGUCUGUCUGGCUCGUUGGAGUUUUGGCUGAAGACUACCGUACCUAGAAGCUGUUUCAUCCCGAUCAACUACGUACAGUACAGCGACAACAGAAAGUGGAGGGUACUUUGCGCCGGAACAGAUCUUCACCGAGCCUACCGAGAGAGUGACGACGACAAGGACGACGACGACGACGACGACGACGAACAUCGCGAUCCUUCUUCGACGACAAUUAUCUCCAUUAGUACUCCAGCACUCGGGAACUUCUUCGCGACGGACAUUGGAUUAUCUGCCUCAACCUCCAAGUUACAAAAUAAAGAGGAGGACAAGCAGCAGAAAGAGUGCCUGUGACACCCUGUUUCACCUGCUUGUUGUUACAUUGGUUGGCUGUUCUCGACUCGACGAUAAUCACAAAACAUAUAAUUGUGUUCCAGAGCCAGAGGGGCAUUUUCCUUGCCUAGCACACCACCCACCACACCUUACGCCCGCGCCGAGCUCGUUUGCCAUUCGUCCAUUUUGUCGAUAUCGAACCUAUUUUCGUUGCAUCGCAAGCAUUCCUCGGCACCGGGUUCGAAUCGACCAAAACAGGAAUAGCUGUGAGGAGGUUGUGGACGAUAAUACUAUACUCUACAAGCAGCCAACAACAACAUGUCGGCCGCACAAGGAGGAGGAGACUCCAAGCUGUUCGCGAGGGGCAAAGUAGCUGAGCUACGCCUCGAGCUGAACAGCGGCAGCAAGAAGGACAAGAACUUUACCCAAAAGAAGAUUGCCCUCAAGAAGAUUGUCGCCAACAUGACCAUGAGUAACAAUGACAUGGUCGGUUUGUUUCCCGAUAUUGUCGCCUGCAUGGCCAUCCAGAGCUUGGAAAUUAAAAAGAUGUGCUUCUUGUAUCUGGUCAACUAUGCGAGGAUGAAGCCAGAGAUUGCGGUAAAAGCAAUUCCGGUUCUGGAACAUGACAUGGAAGAUCCAAACCCCCUGGUGCGCGCCCUUGCCCUACGGACCAUGUCUUAUAUCCACGUGCGCGAGUUCGUCGAGGCUACUGUGCCACUAGUCAAGCACCUCCUCCGCGAUAUCGACCCCUACGUUCGCAAGACGGCGGCUUUCUGCGUGGCCAAGCUCUACGAUCACGAUCGACACAUGGUUGAGGCUUCGGACCUUAUUGACAGACUCAACAACCUCUUGAGAGACGACAACCCGACAGUGGUGGCCAGUGCCCUGGCGAGCUUGAUGGAUAUCUGGGAGAGGAGUGAUGCUAUCAAACUCACUAUCGACUACAGCAAUGCCUCCAAGAUGGUUGCCAUUCUGGCCGACUGCUCCGAAUGGGGCCAAACCUACAUCCUCGAAGCCCUCAUGUCUUAUAUCCCCCAAGAAUCCGGCGAAGCUCUCCUUCUCGCCGAGCGUAUUGCCCCACGCCUCUCACAUUCCAACUCGUCGGUAGUCCUCACCUGUAUCCGUGUGAUCCUUUACCUCAUGAACUACAUCUCCGACCAAAAGCAAAUCUCGGCCCUCUGCCGGAAACUCUCCCCACCACUGGUCACCCUCCUCGCCAAGGGUCCCGAAGUGCAAUACCUCGCCCUGCGCAACGCCCUCCUCAUCCUCCAACGCCGCCCCGAAGUCCUCCGCAACGACAUCCGCGUCUUCUUCUGCAAGUACAACGACCCCAUCUACGUCAAGGUCACCAAGCUCGAACUCAUCUUCAUGCUCGCCAAUGAGAAGAACAUUGACGAGGUCUUGACGGAACUCCGCGAGUACGCCACCGAAAUCGACGUCCACUUUGUCCGCAAGGCUGUCCGCGCCAUCGGCAAACUGGCCAUUAAGAUUGAGCCAGCGGCCAAGCGAUGCAUCAACCUGCUGCUCGAGUUGGUCUCCACAAAGGUCACCUACAUCGUGCAAGAAGCCACGGUAGUGAUCCGCAACAUCUUCCGCAAGUACCCGAACCAGUACGAGUCCAUUAUCGGCACCCUCUGCGAGCACCUGGACUCGCUCGACGAGCCCGAAGCCAAAGCAGCCAUGGUGUGGGUCAUUGGCCAGUACGCCUCGCGUAUCGAGAACUCGGACGCCCUCCUCGAAGACUUUUUGUACUCCUUCGCCGAAGAGCCCGUCGAAGUCCAGCUCGCCCUGCUCACAGCAACCGUCAAGCUCUUCAUCCAACGUCCCACCAAGGGCCAGGACCUCGUCCCGCGCGUGCUCAAAUGGGCCACCGAAGAAACCGACAACCCCGACCUCCGCGACCGCGCCUACAUGUACUGGCGUCUCCUCUCGACUGACAUGGAAUCCGCCAAGCGCAUCGUCAUGGGCGAGAAACCCGCCAUCACCGCCGAGUCGGAGCGUCUCGACCCCGUCACCCUCGAGGAAAUGUGUCUCAACGUCGGCACCCUCGCCACCGUCUACCUCAAGCCCGUCCAGACCGUGUUUCGUAACGCCCGCCCACGCAAACUCCCAGACUCCCCGUGCCUCCAACGCCCCGACUAUCUUGACUACUCAACAGCCCACCAACUGCCCAACCCCAAAUCGCUCUCCCAGUUCGGCCAAGGCCACCAACCGUCUGACUUUGAUCCCCGCGUGCCUGGGUCCCGACCUGCUCCCCCUACUUCUUCGAGCAACACUCAGAGUCAACAAGGAGGGAACUUGGCUCAAGCGGUACAUGAUGCGGACGCCUACUUUACGCAGCAAGCGAACCAGCAGGCGGCGGUCAAUGAUGCGGAUGCGUACUUUGCGCAGCAGAUGAGGCAGAUGCAGAUACAGCAGCCCGGCGACAGUUUUGGUGGGGAUGCGGGACAUUAUGGGUAUGGACAGGGGUACGUGGUCAGUCAGAGCUCGGCGUACCAGCCGGGGAUGGGGGGGAUGAAUGGCAUGGGAGGGAUGAAUGGGGCUCAGGGGGAUUUGUUGUUGUGAGGGAGUGUGGUGUGAGGGGUGCCUAGCUCCGAAUGGAAAGGGGGGAUGGGAUGGGAAGGGGUAAGAGUGGGAAGAGAGGAGAGACAAGGUAGUAAUGUAAUAGACAGACUAGGAGUUGGGGAAGCGUGGUGAGUGUGUGAUUUGGUAGGGUGGUGGGAAAAGAUAUCCAGUUAGGGUUUUUGGUUGUAGAUAAUGCGAAUAACAAGUAAUAUCCCGUC